AUGGUACCUUCAAUUUUCAAUGUCGCGUUGCGCGGUGUACAGGCACUCUUCGGUAUUAUUAUACUCGGCCUGAGCGUGACGCUCAUCCACGGCCAUCACUGGGGCAGUCUUCCUGCCGGCCUGGGCUAUGGCGCAUUUGUCGGCGGCCUAUCCUUUGUAGCUGCAUUCAUAGGGUUAGCUGCAACACGGUUCGACUCUCUGGGUGGUAUGUUUGGGUUUGUCAUCGACAGCGUUAUUGCACUCAUCAACCUUGCUGGUGGCGUUCUCUAUGCUUUUAAUUUGCGAGGCGUAGACUGCAAAAUGCGCGCCGAAGAUCCCAGCAACGUGGAAAAGAUGAUUGAUAACGAGUGGUUGAACGGCGGUUGUCGUGAAUACAAAUUCUGCUGGAAUGGCUUCAAAUACGGAGACGAGUCGAAGGCAAUAGCUGUAUAUGAGGGUCAUUGCAAGGAAGCUAAAGCCGAUUCCGUAUUUAUGUUCCUAACCGCUAUUGUCAUGUUGGUGUGUGCGUUGCUGGUUUGGUUGAGGAUGAGGAGGGGCUAUUGA